GCGGGAGCGAGGCCAGCGGCUCCAGUCAGUCCAGUGUAGGAGUUGGAACUGUCUGCUUUUCCUCGCCCAGCUCGUCAUACUGCUCCGCAGGCAGCUUCUUUGCCUGGACGCCGACGCCCUCAGACACUAGCUUGUUUCCUCAGGAAGGCGACGAGACAGGCUGUUGAGGGCCAAGCGGCCUCUAAGGCCCUGGGGGGUGGUGUGGCAAUGUGGUCCCUUCGGGUCUAUACCCGCAAGAAGCGGGCUGGCCAGAGGCUCAACCUAACCCCGACGCCGGAGCUAGGCCCCACCGUGAAGGCGGAGGCCCCUCCAGGCCAGAAAGGAGAAGCGCCCUGUUUGCCGAAGAUUUCAGAGAAAGCCGAGUGGAGUGGGCGGGGCGUUAGCCGCUCUAGGCCCAGGAGCACUCAGUUAAGAGUGACAGAACAGAAAGGCCUGCGAGGAAAGAGCGCGAGUGAAGAGGCGCGGGAUCAGAAGAUGGCUCCACUGAGUGAGUCAGUGACUGAUGACCUCCAGGUUGACAGUAGUUCAUCGAGUAGUGAGCUAGUAUCAGGACUAAGUUUGCCACGUGAUAUUUCUAGUUCUCUUCUAAGCUAUUCAUUCACAGACUCUUAUACAGAACACAAGAGUUUGGAAGAGAGUUUAAGUAGUUUCCCAUCACCUGAACUCUUCAGAGGAUCAGAUUAUUUAGAUUGGGAAUGUCCCAGAUUGGAAGAACAUAUGCACUGCAAGAAUUCCACUCUACUAGAUACCAGUAAAGCGGUAGCAAUAGAGAAGGUACCACAGUUUUCAAAUCUCUCUGCAAUUAUAGGUUCCUCUUCAGAAGACUAUCAGAAAUGCCAUAGAGAAAUAGUGAUGACGUUAGCGGACCAAAAUAUUUCUUCAAAACCAAAGAGUACUUCACAUUCAGAAUCAGAUAAUGCAAUUUGUGAAGUUUUACUUGCUGAGAAAACCUACCCUUCAGCCCCUGAAAAAACAAAGCAAAAAAGUACAAAUUCUAGUACUCCUGAUAAGAAAAGCAGAGGCCUCUUAACAAGUACUCCAUCUUCGCAAGCUGCUGAUUUAGUGAUUGAUUUGUCUUCAGUGCAGAGAGCAUCUUUUGGAGAACUAUUUCCAAAUGUCAGCAGUUAUGUUAAUUCAAAUGAAAUUGUUCCUAUGUCAAGUUUGCAAGAAAAUGUUUCAAAUGAGUUUCCUUCAAAUAAAUCAGAAACAUGUUGUAUUAUUAGAGCAACACCAGGAACUAGACAAGUGAAAAAUAAAGGUGUUGUUGUAAAGAAGAAGAAAUAUUCUCUACCUAAAGAUAUUCCCCAAGAUAUUAUAAUAAAAACAAAUGGCAAGAUGUAGCAGGUGUGGCUGAAUUUUCACUUUGAAGAUAUGCAUGAACGUGAAGCCAAAGUCCAUAAAGCAGAAUGUCUGCCUGAAAUUAUAUGUAACUCAAAAAUCAAAAUUCUCUAAUUAUUUGUGAUAUAUCCUAUCAAGAAUCUAAUAAUUUACUUUUAAUCAGUAAAGAAACAUUUUUCUGUA